AUGCCUAUACCUCAAUUUCUCCAUCAAAUCUCUUCUUUAAUAGUAACCUCUUUUUCACAAUCAUCGCUUCUCCGAUUAUCCGUAUUAGAACUUGCUGCAAUAUGUGUGAAUCUCACUCUUGUUCUCUUGUUCCUCUUUGUUGUCUCGGUUAAAAAGAUUCUCGUCAAUAAGCGAAAUCGAAUAGGUAAACACAACACUACGGGAACCGAUAGUCUUGUUAUUGAUACAGAAACAACGAGUCAUGUUUCUAAUAUAACUGUUUGGUUCAAGUUAACUGUGUUGUCUUGUUUCUAUGUUUUGGUUGUGCAAGUUUUAGUGUUGGGAUUUCACUUGUGUGUUUUUAUAUGGGGUGAGACUCUACGCUGGUCGCUUCUUUUUGUGUCGGCUUCACAGGUUUUGGCUUGGUCUGUUUUGAGCUUCUCGGCUUUGAAUAGCAAGUUUAAGGGGUUAGAGAAGUUUCCAUUUUUGUUAAGAGUUUGGUGGCUUUUAUCAUUUGUUAUUUGCUUGUGUGGUUUAUAUCUUGAUGGAAGAGGGUUUUCGGUGGAGGGUUCUAAGUAUUUUUCUUCUCGUGCUGUUGCGAAUUUUGCUGUUACACCAGGACUUGCUUUUUUAGGUGUGGUUGCUGUUAGGGGUGUUACUGGUAUACAAGUUUGUAAAAACUCUGAUCUUCAAGAGCCAUUGCUUGUUGUUCAAGAAGAAGAAGAACUAGGGUGUCUUAAAGUUACUCCGUAUUGGGAUGCGGGACUUUUUAGCUUAGCCACACUUUUUUGGCUGAAUCCACUUCUUUCCCUUGGUGCAAAGAGACCACUUGAGCUUAAGGAUAUUCCACUUGUUGCACCGACUGAAAGAGCUAAGACGAGUUACAAGGUUGUGAAUUCUAAUUGGGAGAAAUUGAAGGCUGAAAAUCAAAAUCAGAAUCUAUCUAAGCAACCUUCAUUAGCUUCGGCACUUCUCAAGUCAUUUUGGAAGGAAGCAGCUUUGAAUGCUGUAUUUGCUGGCAUGACUACUUUGGUUUCGUAUGUAGGUCCAUACAUGAUAAGUUACUUUGUUGAUUUCUUGGGUGGUAUAGAGACUUUUGCUCACGAGGGUUAUAUCCUUGCUGGUAUAUUCUUUAUGGCGAAGCUUGUAGAGACGCUGACAACUAGGCAGUGGUAUCUAGGAGUGGACAUAUUAGGUAUGCAUGUUAGGUCAGCGCUAACUGCAAUGGUGUAUAGGAAGGGACUCAGACUCUCGAGCUCGGCGAAGCAAAGUCAUACAAGUGGGGAGAUUGUUAACUACAUGGCGGUUGAUGUUCAGAGGGUAGGGGAUUUUGCUUGGUACCUUCAUGACAUGUGGAUGCUACCUCUGCAAAUUGCUCUUGCUCUUGUAAUUUUGUAUAAGAAUGUUGGAAUUGCUUUUGUUGCAACAUUGAUUGCUACAAUCAUUUCCAUUGUUGUCACUAUUCCUGUGGCUAGGAUACAAGAAGAUUAUCAAGACAAGUUGAUGUCUGCUAAGGAUGAAAGGAUGAGAAAAACAUCCGAGUGUCUGAGAAAUAUGAGGAUUCUUAAGCUGCAAGCUUGGGAGGAUCGAUAUAGAAUAAGAUUGGAGGAAAUGCGUGGAGUAGAGUACAAUUGGCUAAGGAAAGCACUUUAUUCUCAGGCUUUCAUAACUUUCAUUUUUUGGAGCUCCCCUAUAUUUGUUUCGGCAGUCACAUUUGCUACUACCAUAUUUUUAGGAACUCAGUUGACUGCAGGUGGUGUUCUAUCUGCUUUAGCUACUUUCAGGAUUCUCCAAGAACCUCUCAGAAAUUUUCCUGAUUUGGUAUCAACCAUGGCUCAGACAAAGGUUUCUCUUGAUCGCAUAUCCAAUUUCCUGCAGGAUGAAGAAUUGCGGGAAGAUGCAACUAUUGUCUUGCCGCCCGGGACUUCUAACAUUGCCAUAGAAAUUAUGGAUGGUGUCUUCUGCUGGGACACUUCUUCCUCUAGGCCUACACUAACGGGAAUACAUGUGAAAGUCGAGAGGGGAAUGAGUGUAGCUGUUUGUGGCACUGUUGGUUCAGGGAAAUCAAGUUUUCUUUCUUGCAUACUUGGAGAGAUUCCCAAGCUUUCUGGUGAAGUAAGACUGUGUGGUUCUGCCGCAUAUGUUUCACAAUCAGCAUGGAUACAGUCAGGAAAUGUAGAAGAAAAUAUUUUGUUUGGGAACCCAAUGGAUAAAGCAAAGUACAAGAAUGUUAUUCACGCUUGUUCACUAAAAAAGGACCUAGAGCUUUUCUCACAUGGAGACCAAACAAUUAUUGGUGAAAGAGGUAUAAAUAUGAGCGGUGGCCAGAAGCAACGGAUUCAGCUUGCACGAGCACUUUACCAAGAUGCUGAUAUUUAUCUCCUUGAUGAUCCCUUUAGUGCACUUGAUGCCCACACUGGAUCAGAACUAUUCAGAGAGUAUGUAUUGACAGAACUAGUAGAUAAAACUGUCAUUUUUGUGACCCACCAAGUUGAAUUUCUUCCAGCUGCUGAUAUGAUACUGGUUCUUAAAGAAGGCCAGAUCAUACAGGCAGGAAAGUAUGAUGAUCUUCUACAGGCAGGAACAGAUUUUAGAACUCUAGUUUCAGCUCACCAUGAAGCAAUAGAGGCUAUGGACAUUCCUAAUCACUCUUCCUCAGAAGAUUCAGAUGAAGAUGAGUCCUUGGAUACAUCUAUUAUGACCAUGAAGAAAUCUAUUUCUUCUGUUAAUGACAUUAACAGUUUGGCGAAGGAAGUUACCGAGGGAUCUUCAGAUUCUAAAGAAAUUAAGGAAAAGAAGAAGGCAAAACGCUCGAGAAAAAAACAGCUUGUCCAGGAAGAGGAGAGGGUUAGAGGUAGAAUCAACAUGAAAAUGUACCUGUCUUACAUGUCUGCCGCAUAUAAAGGCUUAUUGAUUCCCCUCAUCGUCAUUGCACAAACACUGUUCCAGUUCCUUCAGAUUGCCAGCAAUUGGUGGAUGGCUUGGGCAAAUCCUCAGACAGAAGGAGACGAGCCCAAAGUAACUCCCAUGAAUCUUCUUCUUGUUUACAUGGCUCUUGCCUUUGGAAGCUCGUGCUUCAUAUUCGUAAGGGCCGUUCUUGUUGCUACAUUCGGUCUAGCAGCAGCGCAGAAGCUAUUUUUUAACAUGCUUAGAAGUAUCUUCCAUGCUCCAAUGUCUUUCUUUGAUUCUACACCAGCUGGAAGGAUCCUGAACCGUGUUUCAAUUGAUCAAAGUGUUGUGGACCUUGACAUUCCUUUUAGACUUGGAGGGUUUGCUUCAUCAACAAUACAGCUUAUUGGUAUUGUUGCUGUGAUGUCACAGGUUACAUGGCAAGUUUUGCUCCUAGUUGUCCCAAUGGCAAUUGGUUGUUUAUCGAUGCAGAAAUACUACAUUGCUUCCUCAAGGGAACUGGUACGUAUUGUAAGCAUCCAGAAAUCUCCAAUUAUACAACUUUUUGGUGAAUCGAUUGCUGGAGCAGCCACAAUCAGAGGUUUUGGACAAGAAAAAAGGUUCUUGAAGAGGAACCUCUAUCUUCUGGAUUGUUUUGCGCGACCAUUCUUCUGCAGUCUUGCUGCUAUUGAGUGGCUUUGCCUGCGCAUGGAAUUACUUUCAACUUGUGUAUUUGCUUUCUGCAUGUUCUCACUUGUGACCUUUCCCCGUGGAAGUAUUGACCCCAGCAUGGCUGGACUUGCUGUGACGUAUGGCCUGAAUUUAAAUGGACGCUUGUCUCGUUGGAUACUUAGCUUUUGUAAACUUGAAAACAAAAUAAUAUCUAUUGAAAGAAUCUAUCAGUACAGUCAAAUUCCUAAUGAAGCACCACAAGUUAUUGAAGAAUCUCGCCCUCCAUCCUCAUGGCCCGAGAAUGGGACAAUCCAACUAUUUGAUCUGAAGGUUCGUUACAAAGAAAAUCUUCCCUUGGUGCUUCAUGGAGUAUCCUGCAUAUUUCCUGGAGGAAAGAAGAUUGGAAUAGUUGGACGAACUGGCAGUGGCAAAUCUACUCUGAUUCAAGCAUUAUUUCGAUUGGUUGAACCAGCAAACGGGAGUAUCCUUAUAGACAACAUUGAUAUCUCAGGAAUUGGCCUUCAUGAUCUUAGGACCCAUUUGAGUAUCAUACCACAAGAUCCGACCUUAUUUGAGGGCACCAUUCGUGGCAAUCUGGAUCCUCUUGAAGAGCAUUCUGAUAAAGAGAUUUGGGAGGCACUAGAUAAGUCUCAGCUUGGAGAUAUCAUCCGUGCAAAAGGAGAAAAGCUCGAUACACCAGUGCUAGAAAAUGGUGAUAAUUGGAGUGUAGGACAACGGCAACUUGUUUCUCUUGGCCGAGCUCUGCUGAAGCAGUCAAAGAUACUUGUACUUGAUGAAGCAACAGCAUCUGUUGAUACUGCUACUGAUAAUCUUAUCCAGAAGGUUAUCCGAGAAGAGUUCAAAGACUGCACUGUUUGCACUAUUGCACAUCGUAUUCCCACUGUUAUUGACAGUGAUCUUGUCCUGGUACUCAGCGAUGGUCUAGUUGCAGAGUUUGACACUCCAGCGCGGCUAUUAGAAGACAAGUCAUCCAUGUUUUUGAAGUUGGUGACUGAAUAUUCAUCGCGAUCAAAUGGCACGGAUCUUUAA